AUGGAAACGGACUACCUGAAGAGGUGCUUUGGCAAUUGCCUGAGCCAGGCACUGGCAGAGGUGGGGAAAGUUCGGCCCAGUGACCCCGUCGAGUACCUGGCUCACUGGCUUUAUCAUUACAGGAAAACCACUAAAGCAAAAGAAGAGGAGAGCCAAGAGAUGAUCCAGCUGAAGGAAGAACACGACAAUAGCCUCAAAGAAACCAAAAUGACAGAAAUGCUGAAGCAAGAAGAGUGUCAGAUUCAACAGCAGUAUGCAAAGUGCCACAAGCCACUGGUAUCUCUAGCUAGUUCCACAAAGAAGACCGCAUUCAUACAAGAGAACACAAAACCCCUUGAGAAGGAUGCCUUGAAGCAGGAAUCUCUGCCAGGUACUUCCAAUAUGAUUCCAGGAAUGCCUCAGUAGAUUCCUUCUCGAGAGUCUUCUGGCCAGACUGACUGCUGUGUCGAAACUCCCCAAGAAAUAAAUUCCUAGGCUUUUCAGCAUGAAAUUGCUCCUCAAAUGCAUCCUGGCUCCAAAUCUCCUUCUUAA